CCCAGAACCCCACGACGCCGUCGCCACCGUUCGAACUCUCCGCCACACGCCCGAGAUGGCGGCCGCCUCCCUCUUCUCCCUCCCCUCGCCGCGCCUCGCCCACCGCCUCCUCGCCCCGGCGUCGGUCGCAGCCUCCUCCUCCUCCCGCCUCCAGACGCUCGCCGCGAAGAAGGCGGCCCCCGCCACCGUCGCCACGGGCACCGCCGGCGAGGGCGGCGGCGGCGGCGGCCGUGGAGCGGCGGGCGGGCUGCUGUCGGUGCUCGACCGGGCGAUGGCGGACGAGGAGGAGUACCGCCGCGCGCGCGCCCAGGUGCAGCGCAAGGGCGUGGAGGCGGAGGGGUACGCCAUCGAGGGGGUCUCCGUCGGCGGGCACGAGACCUGCGUCACCGUGCCGUCCCUCAACGUCGCCUUCGACAUCGGCCGCGGGCCGCUCUUCGCCGUGAGCCAGGACUACCUCUUCAUCACCCACGCCCACCUCGACCACAUCGGUGGUCUUCCAAUGUAUGUAGCAACUCGUGGCCUCUACAAUUUGAAGCCUCCUGUUGUAUUUGUACCACCAUGCAUCAAGGAUGAUGUUGAGGAUCUACUUCAAAUCCAUCGUAGAAUGAGUCAAGUUGACCUGAAAGUUGAAUUGGUUGCGCUUGAUUUGGGAGAGACAUAUGAAAUACGUAAUGACCUUGUUGCCAGACCAUUUGAAACUCACCACGCUAUACCCAGCCAGGGUUAUGUCAUCUACUCUGUUCGGAGAAAAUUGAAAAAACAGUAUGCUCACUUGAAGGGUACUCAAAUAAUGAAAAUGAAGAAAUCAGGCACCGAGAUUACAGAUACUAUACUAUAUCCAGAAGUUGCUUUUACAGGAGACACAAAGUCUGAUUUUAUUCUUGACCCACUAAAUGCAGAUGCCCUGAGAGCAAAAGUCCUUAUAACUGAGGCAACCUUCCUAGAUGAUCAAAUUGAUGUUGAUCAUGCUCGGCAGCAUGGCCACAUGCAUCUCUCUGAGAUAAUGGAGCACUCCCAAUGGUUUAGAAACAAGACCAUUGUGCUCACACAUUUCUCAAAUCGAUAUAGUCUUGAGGAUAUUAGACAAGCUGUUUCCAGACUACAGUCAAAGCUAUCUUCAAAGGUUGUUGCACUGACGGAGGGCUUCAAAUCUGACUAUAGAUAGUGUAUAGAAAUUCAUCGUCAUCACUGGAGUAACUCUCAGGAUCUUUACAUGCGGGAAUGAUGAAUACGUCGGAUUCAUCUGGUAAUCUGAAGCUAACUCUCCUGAUGCUGUUUUGGCUCCUAAUAGAGAUUCUAUCGAUGGAGAAGCUGUCCCUGAUGUUACGAGAGCUAUUUUCAUCAGAGCAAUCCGGGUUAAUUGGGCAAACCUUUGGAGAGUGCCUCCGAGGUGAUGGGGCUCCAAUUGCCUCCCCCUGGAAGCUCUGUGGAGGAUACAAGAUGUCUCGGAGAGUGUUUUGCCUUGCUUCUGCCUCGACUGUUCUGGCCUUGUUAUGCUGCUGCUCCUCUUGAAGGCUUCUGGGCUUCAUUAUGUUGAAUAUUGCUUUAACAUGGCAACAGCUUUGUGAGCCCAUCUUUUCCCUCUCUUCUAGGUUAUGGAACGACAUGUGUCAUGGGCAUUAUUGGGUCAUGGCAAAUGCAUUUAUAUGUGUGGCCAUGCUUACUUAGUUUUGUUUUGGGAAAAUAAAAUAAUCUGUUUUGCAUAGACUAAGUUAUGUCAAACCUUGAUCAUGUCAAAGUAGGACGAACCAUGGUGAUUCAACCAAGGAAAGUAAAGGAGACAGAACACUUAUUUGGAUUAGGUUUGGGAUUUUUAUUGGUGUUCCCAGACUGACAUCAAAGAUAUUCAUCUGGUGAUAUUAUUUUUGUCAUUUGUUGGGGAUGUCAAGCAUGAUAACCCUGCUUACAUUUGGGAUUUGGUAUAGACAAUAGCGGAGUAUAUGAUGAACUAUUUAGAAUCCUGACAAGAAAUAUUUGGAUUGUAGAAUGCAACUAGGCAACUUUGUCUGUAUCUACAUAGCUAUGUUCAGCCAAUUGUGAUUGGCUUGAAACCUUGAACUCCCAAGUGAGCAAAUAGGGUAUCCACUGCUGGCACUGCACAGUGUAUCCCGCUGGUUUUUCAAUUGAAGUCGUAAGACUUUUGGAUCUACA